AUGGACCGACCUCGCUCAGACGACCGUCGGGACGAUCGCUACGAGUCUGACUACAGACCCAGCCGACGCUCGCCUUCACCGAGACGAGAACGAUCGCCGCCUCGCCGGUCACGAUCGCCCUACUCUCGCAGCUACAGAGACGAUGAUAGGGAUCGAGACCGUCCCCCUCGCGACUCGCACAGAGACAGAGACUAUGACUCCAGACGUCCUGCUCGAGGCGCCAACAAGGAGCACCGUGUCUACGUCGGCAAUCUUUCUUACCAGGUCAGACAUGCAGAUCUGAAAGACUUUGCAAGGGAUGUGGGCAAGGUUGUCAAUGCCGAGGUACUCAUGACGCCCAAUGGCAUGUCAAAAGGAUGCGGCCUCAUCGAGUUUGAAACCGAGGGUGACGCCCGGCGCGCGAUCAAAGAGCUUAACGAGUCAAGCCUGCUUGGCCGCCCUGUCUUUGUCCGCGAAGAUCGUGUUGAUGAUCCUCAUCCGGGCGGUGGCGCGCGCAGCGUAAGAGGGCUCGUCUUCCCUCGUUCGGGCGCUUUUGCACCCAGCGGAGGUGCGCCACCCAGCAAGCAGCUCAUCGUCAGCGGCCUGAGUGACGCUGUCGGGUGGCAAGAUCUGAAGGAUCUCUUCAGAGAGUGCGGCGACGUCAUCCGCGCCGAUGUCCAUCUCGACGAAGACGGUCGUCCGCGCGGAUCCGGCAUGGUCCUCUUCUCCUCUGCUGGCGAUGCACGAGCGGCCAUUGAGCAAUUUGAUGGAAUGGAGAUCAAUGGCAUGAAGCUCACUGUCAAGGAAGACAGAGUCAGGGGUAGCGGUCCACCCACUCGUGGCGCAUACCCUGUCCGGGGUGGUAGAGGCGGCGGCGGCUCCUUCGGCUCGGGCGAACCUCGUCCGGAUCGCUUCGCCAACAUCGACCCGUCUCCCCAAAUCUUCGUCAAGAAUCUACCCUGGUCUACUGCCAAUGAGGAUCUCGUCGAGCUCUUCCAAACGGUCGGAACUGUCCUCCAUGCCGAAGCCACUCAGGAGAAUGGUCGCGCCAAGGGCACAGGCGUCGUUGAAUUUGCUACAGCUGACGAUGCUCAAACUGCCAUUACGAAGUUCCAGGGCUAUUCCUAUGGCGGUCGUCCCCUCGUGCUGGCUUUCAAUGCUCGCACGGUCGACUUCACCAAGCUAGAAAGAGCUGCAUGA